UAUAUAUAUAUAUACACAUACACGGUGUGAAGAAGAAAGAAAGAAAGAAAGCGCAAAAGUGAAAACCAGGAUGAAUUCUCCUACCUUCUUCUCUCCCGCUGCGACCUCCUCCCUCAAUCACCGUCCUAAUCCACUCCUCAGCACUCCUUCCGCCCACGGGACCUCGUUUCACAGGCGGCCGCCUCAUUUGGUCCCCGGCGGAGCCGCCCGGAGACCCGCGUUGCCGCCGGUGAGGGCGUCAGAUUCGACCACUCCGGCCGCGGCGUCUUCGUCCGGGGCCGUGGCGGUGCUGGCGGACGAGGAGGAGAAGGCGGCCGAGGGGAAGAUCGGGGCCAGGGUUAGGGUUAAGGUGCCGUUGAAGGUUUACCACGUGCCGAAGGUGCCGGAGAUGGAUUUGUGUGGAAUGGAGGGGGUUUUGAAGCAUUACGUUGGGGUGUGGAAGGGGAAGCGGAUCUCGGCCAAUCUUCCGUACAAAGUUCAGUUCAUCACGGAGGUGGAGGGUCGAGGACCGGUCAAGUUCUUCGCGCAUAUUAAGGAAGAUGAGUUUGAAUAUCUUGAUUGACUUGCUAUUGAGUUUUGCACUGUUUGCUUGAAUCCUGUUGCUGUCAUCAGUGCCACCUGAAUAAUAAUAUCUCUUUACAAGUUCUAUUCUGAUAAUUGAUGUAAAUAAUUCAGCUAACCUGGUCUUCAAAUCUGUAUUUUUGCGGUCUGGAUAUCCUUUUUUGGCCGUUUAAAUAGUUGAACCAAACAAUUGGUAUCAGAUUAGUCAUUUAGCUGA